AUGGCGACCUACUCGGCCUCGGUGGCGGUCGGCGAGGUGCUCCGCCAGCCAGACGACCUCGUCAAGCUCACCGCCUAUCGCAACAAGCUCCUCAAGGAGAAGUCGACGCUCGAUGCAAAGCUCACAGAGGGCAUGCGCGCCCAGCUGAGCGCAACACGAGACGCGCUUCUCAAACUCCAGGAGUCUCGGUCCGCCGCGUCCAUGAUCCGCGAAGAGAUGAUCGAGAUUGAAAAGCUCAAGAACAACAAGGACGAGGGCGAGGCAUUCGACAAGAUCACGCGCGUCUCGACGGUCCACAGAAACUUUGCCCAGACGGCCAAGAUGGUCUCGCAGCUCCAGUCCAUGGCCGACAAGGUCUAUCGCCUCACCGACAUGCUGCAGCAGGACAUGCACCAGGACGGCGGGCCGAUCGGCCCAAGCGCCAACCUGUUGCCCAUCCACUUUCAGCUGCACCAGCUCGAGACGUUCAUGGGCGAGACGCUGCACGCUGCCAAGCGUGGAGAUUCUGCCGACAUGAAAGUGCUCAAGGCAUGGUUCCAGCCGCUCGAGCAGCUCGGGCACGACUUUGACGACUGGCUCUGGCAGCUGGGCGGCAGCAUCAUCGAGCUCUCGCGCGCGGGUUACGGCGGAACCGUCGUCCGCCUGCUCAAGAUUGUCGAGUUUGAGGGCAAGGAGGACCAGAAGGCCGUGGCGAUGAAGCUCAUGCGCAAGGCCGCCCAGCCCGACGCCCAGUCCAACUUUCGCAACAAUGCAGCUGCGGCUCGGCAUAUCAAGAACUACCGGCACAAGCUGCUCGACGCGAUGGAGUCGUCGAUCAAGCGCGCGUACGACGAGCGGUUCGAGGCGAACCACAACGACCUGCUCGGCUUCAUCGACAGCUUGCAGUUCAUCUACAAGGACAUUAUCCGCAUCAAGCACGACGUCGAGCCCCUCUUCCCGCCCGACUAUGAGGUUGUCCAGUGGCUCAUCAAGCGGUACCAUGGCGGCCUGAACACCAUCCUCCGCAAGGCGGUGGCGUCUGAUCCGCCAGCCGAGGUGCUCCUCGAGCUGCACGGCUGGACAAAGGAGUACCGCAAGAACAUGAAGGAGCUCGAGGUGCCGUCCGCGUGGCUGCAACCACCGCUCCUCGACGGCAAGUCGCAGGACCUUAUCGAAGACUACGUGCGGCUCAUCGUCACCAAGCUCGACGAGUGGACCAUCAACCUGCAAAAGGAAGAGACGGCCAAGUUCCGCCUACGCACGACGGCGCCGUCAAUGGUCGACGAGCUGUACGGCAUGGACGGCGUCAACGACUUCUUCCAGCUCGUCAACCAGCAGAUCGACCUGGCGCUCGACUCGAACCAGGGCGCGGUACUGUCGCGCGUCGUGACCGAGUCGGCCAAGGUCAUGCGGCGCACGCAGGCCGAGUGGGUGCAGCUUGUGGGCAGCGAGGCGCGCGCCCAGGCCGAGAAGAAGCCCGACGAGAUCCCCGAAGGCCUGGUCGAGUACGUCAUGGCCCUCGCCAACGACCAGCUCCGCGCAGCAGACUACACCGAGGCGCUGCAGGCGCGCCUCGAGCCCCUCGUGUCGGACAAGUACAAGGGCGUGAUUGUCGAGCGGCUCAACGAGGCGAUCGACGGCUACCUCGACGUCGCGAAGCAGUGCAACGCCGCGCUUGUCAGCUUUGUGUUCAACGACCUGCGGCCGGCCACGCGCCAGCUCUUCCAGCAGGCAUGGUACCAGGACGGCCUGCUGCAGCAGAUUAUCGAGACAAUGCGCGACUACUUGUCAGACUACCAGUCGCACCUCAACCCGUCAAUCUACGACAUUCUCGUCGAGGACAUGCUCGACGCCUUCCUGAUCAUGUACCUGACGUCUAUCCGGCGCGCGCCCGCAAACUCGCUCCGCAUGCCGAUGGCGUCGACGCGCUUCCAGAACGACGUGGCGGCCGCGUUCGACUUCUUCGCCAAGCACAAGGCGCCCGCCGAGCUCGAGGUAAACUUCCAGGUCAUGGACCAGGUCGCGUCCAUGCUCUCUGCGUCCGAGGAGAUGGUCUUUAUGGACUACUAUUCCUUUGCGCAGAUGCACGGCCCGCAGUUCGGGUUUGUCGAGGCGCUCCUCCGCGCCCGCGACGACCUCGACCGCUCGGGCGUCUCGGAUAUCAUGGACAUAAUCAGGCGCCGCGUCGCCGACGACAACAUUACCGACCCGCCAGAACCGACCAUCAUGGUCAAGGUGCAGGGCAACAAGGGCGGCCUGGCGGCCAACCUCACAAACCUCGGCAACCUUACUGCAAACUACGCGGCCAACCUCGCCGACAAGGCCGGCAACAUUGCCAAGGGCGCGGGCAGGUCGACGGGCCGUAUCUAG